UAUUUUAUGUAACUUUAAUCUUAACUCAAUAUUUCUUAUUGUUUUAGGUCAUAAAACACAAACGUGAUACUACUUUACUUGUUUCUUCUGUUGAUGGUUUAGGCAAUAUUACGUGUUAUAUUGUUUUAUAUUGUUGUGUUAAUUAUUUACACUUCUCAUACAUAUAAACAAUCCAUUUACAUUUUAGCAUUUGUUUAAUCUGACGUGGCAGAUUUUUACCUUACAAAAAUAUUCAAAUGUUAUACCAUAAGGCAUACCAUUGUUUAUUUAGAGAUGCAUCUGACAAAAUUGUACUAAUGAAGUAUAAUGCAAGUAAUAUUUAGGACCAUAUACUCAAUGUGUUCUUUGUUUCUAGUCAACAUGUUGAGAAAGAAGAGAAUUAAACCUGAACAGGAUGCCAAAGAGCAUGUGUUGUCAGGCAAAGACAAAGCCUUCAUUGAGAAACGAUACAUCAAUGCAUAUAAAGGGAGAGGUGUGUUUGCACUUAAACACAUUGAAUCAUCCACAUUUGUUGUAGAAUAUCGUGGAAUACUGUGCCAAAGUAAAUAUGUUGAUGACAUUAAAGGCAACUACUUGUUCGAUUUCACAUGGAAUGGAGCACAUUAUUGCAUAGAUGCUUCAAAAGAGGAUGGAUCGCUAGGACGACUGGUGAACGAUGAUCACAAAAAUCCAAACUGCAAAGUCAAGACGGUUGUUGUUGAGGGAAAGCAGCACCUGUGUCUAUUUAGUCUAAGAGACAUUUGUCCAGAUGAAGAAAUUACUUACAAUUAUGGGGAUUCCUCUUGGCCCUGGCGUUCAGUAGAAUUGUGUGAUGAGAUAUCGGUGGCCGUAGAUGAAUCCAUUGAGGGUCCUUCCUCAUCAAGAAAAGAGAAAGAAUUGUGUGAUGAGAUAUCGGUGGCCGUAGAUGAAUCCAUUGAGGGUCCUUCCUCAUCAGGAAAAGAGAAAGAAUUGUGUGAUGAGAUAUCGGUGGCCGUAGAUGAAUCCAUUGAGGGUCCUUCCUCAUCAAGAAAAGAGAAUGAAUUGUGUGAUGAGAUAUCGGUGGCCGUAGGAAUAUAA